ACAAGUAUCAGAAAAAGCAAAGAAGAAGAAGAACUGGACAACCAGCUUGAGUGAGGAUCCUUCAGUCUUCCUAUGAUGGCGUCUCGCCGGGCACUUAAAGCCGUGCUCAUUGAUUUAAGUGGGACUCUUCACAUUGAGGACGUGGCUGUACCUGGAGCUCAGGAAGCACUCGCAAGGUUACGUCGUGCUCCGGUGGCCGUCAAAUUUGUCACUAACACCACGAAAGAAUGUAAGAGGACGUUGCUGGAGCGACUACGGCAUCUCAGCUUCGAGAUCGAAGAGCGGGAGAUCUUCACCUCGCUGACUGCAGCACGAAACCUGCUGGAGCAGAAGCAGGUGCGCCCCCUGCUGCUGGUGGAGGAUAGCGCGCUGGAGGACUUUACGGGUAUUGAAACCUCAGAUCCUAACGCUGUUGUGGUAGGCUUAGCGCCAGACCACUUCAACUAUGAAAUGCUUAAUAAAGCCUUCAGGCUAAUUCUGAAUGGCGCCCCUCUCAUUGCCAUCCAUAAAGCCCGUUACUACAAGAGGAAAGACGGCCUGGCUUUGGGACCCGGACCGUUUGUGACCGGACUGGAGUACUCCACUGACUCUCGCGCUGUUGUUGUGGGCAAACCAGAGAAAACCUUUUUCCUGGAAGCGCUGCGGGAUCUGAACUGCAGCCCUGAGGAGGCCGUAAUGAUCGGCGACGAUGCUAGAGAUGAUGUUGGCGGAGCUCAGAACACAGGGAUGCUGGGAAUAUUAGUCAAAACUGGUAAAUACAGAGCAGGUGAUGAAGGCAAAAUUAAUCCUCCUCCUCACCUGACCUGUGAGAGCUUCCUGGAAGCUGUUAAUUACAUCCUUCAACAGCUGCUAAAUACUAAAUAAAGUCUGUGAUGCUGUUUAAUCGUACAUGUAAUAUGUAUAUACAUAUUAAUUAACAAUAUAGGAAUUUACUUAUGUAGCACUGUGUUCAAAUGUCUGGUUAUGACCUGGAAUGUAGUUGUGUGUUGCUCUCACUCGUCAUUCUACGUUUGUAAGUUUAACUUUUAGUCAUCUGACCAGACUAAUUCCAGACUCAUCACAGCUACUGUAAAAUAUUAAUCAUCAUGCCUUAAACCUUUCCUGUUUGGUGUUAUAUUCCAUAUUCUGAACUUGUACAAUGAAGCUAAGGCAAUGCUGUAAAUAAAAGCAACAGGGAUUUAAA